AAGGCCCAGUCCAGUUCCAAAGGAAAUACCCACGAAAUCCCCAAGAUGAAGUUCUUCUACGGCGCUCUGCUGAUUCUGGGCACAGCAAUCAUUGCCCAGGCAGCUGUGGCCCGCUCCAACGAUGAGCCCGCCCAGGAGAAGGAGACGGAGCAGCAGACCAGGUACCGCCUGUUCAAGCAGCCCGUUCAGAUCGAGGCUCGCAGUCUGCAGCACCUGAUGGCCCUGAAGCAGCCCGCCUGUCCGCCGCCACCACCGCCAAUAACGACCACCACAAUGCCCUCGACCACCACGGUGACGGACUCGCCCACCGGGACCACCCCCACCUCUGGCACCACCACGAGCACUGGCUCCCCCACCACUAGCACCCCCACCACCGGAACCCCCACCACCAGCACCCCCACCACUCCCCGUUUCCUGGACAAUGGAAAAGACCAGGUGCAGGACAACGACGAGGAUGACGAGGAGUUCGAGGAGGGGAAGUACAUGAAGGAACAGGACGAUGAGGAGGACGACCAGGAGGCCGAUGACAACGAUGAGGAGAGCUUCCAGCUGGCGACACCCAAGGCCUCCGGUUCCUCCUCCUCCUCCUCCUCCAUGCGCCGUCGUGGCAGCUCCACCUCCGCCUCCGGAUCGAAAGAUAACCUGUCCACCAACGAACUGAUGCGCGAGAUCGAGCUGCGCCGGCAGAAGGACCUCAACCAGCGACUCCGCAAGCAGCUGAACGCCGCCAGGCGCCGCACUAACCAGAACCGCCGUCGUGCCAAGAACAACCGCCGCCGGGUGCGCAACCGUCAGCAGGCCAAGCGCCGCCGCGCCAACCGCCGCAACAGCCAGAGGCGCCGCUCGCAGAACCGCCGCCAUCGCAACGCCCGCCGCCGCCUGCGCCGCAACAACCGCCUGAGCCGCCUGCGCAUGCGCCGUCGCGUCAACCGUCGCCGCAACUAG